AUGGCAACAGGUUCAAGACAGUUAGACCUCCGCACUGUCACGCACACUCGCAUCGGUAUAUGGGACCUCUAUGAGGAACGUGGAAAAGAGUUACCACGCAGAUCGGAUUCAUCAAUAUUGGAGGCAUUGGUCCAGAUACGCGAUAAUACGCCCUACGUGAUCCGCAUGUUCAAGGAAAUAUUCAAUAUCAGACAAGUCCGGAGGCUUCUUCCCGCAUUCUUGAUAGUGCGAGUCUUAGACUCCCUUAUACCUGCCGUUUGCCUAUGGUAUGAUGGACAAUUGCUCCAACUUGUGGAGGCUGUGAUGGAGAGACGUACUGUUGACACAACGGUAGUCAUUCAUGUCGCAGUAGGGCGUGUUACAUGCGCAGUCGCGUCGCGCCUUCUCAGACAUGUCCAAAGACGCAUCGAAAUCCCCUUAAGGAUGUCCAUCAAGCAAUUUUACGCUAAACAUAUAUUCCACUCGAUGGCCCGCAUCGACCUACCCACCUUUACAGACUCGGCUGUCCUGAAGCAGCUUAAUUCUGUGACGCUUUUUAGGGACAUGGGCAUGGACCUUGCAUGGAAAGUUGCUGCGGAGUUGGCGAACCUCGCAGCGACGACCACUAGUAUUUUUUCUCAGCUUUUUGUUCUGUUUACAGUCUUGCGGAAGCAGCAGGAUGGGCCACUUCUUGUGAUUCUUGGCUUCUCGCAAUCUCUGUUUCGCUGGUAUAGGACAGCACCACCACUAUCAGCAGACGGCUUGUAUAGUAUGUCAGGAGUUUGGGCUGCGACCACGACCAAUGAUGAUUAUAUUCGCAUGCAAGGCCUGAAGAUCCUCAAUCAGGUCUCUUCACACCGUAAAGAGCUUGUUGCAGGCAACCUCGGCGAAUAUAUCACUUCACAAUUUCACGAAUCCGCUCAGCGCGUCGGCGACGAUGCGGGCGAUUUUCGCGAAGUGUGUGAAGCUUAUUUCAUGAAGAAAUUCCCGAGCAUCACCUCCAUCCUCCGUGAAACAUUGGACGAGCUGCCUCAGAUUGCCUUCAUGCUGCGCGCCGUACGAAGGCCAACGACGAUUUCCUCCUCUUUUAUGUCACUCGUGCUAGUUGAACAUACAUUCAAUUCAUUCAUUUCGACACACCUCUCGCCGUACAGAAUCUUUGGUCUUGUUAGAAUGAUUACCGACGUACGCAAUAUAUAUGAGCUCAAGAACGUACAGAACAAAGUGGUAGAUGGCACGGAACAAUUUCCCGAGAACCAGCAGUCCCUCAGUAAUGGCAUUUCUGUUGAGUUCAGGAAUGUAUCGUUCCAGUACCCUGAUGAAGAGAGGUAUGCUCUCCGGAAUGUUUCAUUCAGGAUUGAGGCUAGUCAGCUUUGCGUAAUUGUCGGAGGGAAUGGCUCUGGAAAAAGUACAAUUUUGAACCUCAUCUCCCGCAUCUACGACCCGACAGAGGGUACGAUUCUUAUCGAUAACCGCGACAUCAAAACCCUUAAACUUGCUGACCUCCGUGCUGCCAUGUCCAUCCUCUUCCAGGACUACACGCACUUUCCCCUUUCGAUACGCGAGAACAUUGGACUCGGCAAUCCCGGCCUCGCGCAAGAUGAUGACAAUAUCCGCGAAGCCGCCAGCAUGGGUGGCUCACGAAACUUCAUUGAGGAGCUCCCAGACGGAUUCGACACCUACAUUGAUCGCCCUGUAGAUGACCGCUACCCGGACCUCUCUGAAGGCUCUGGCGUCGACUACUCUAAUGUGCGUAAUAUGGGGGGUCUCCGUACUUCCACUGUUUCAGACCUCAGUGGUGGGCAAAAGCAGCGGCUUGCAGUCUCACGCACAUUCAUGGGUUCCUUGGUCACCGAUACAGACUCUUCCGUUGGCAUGCUGUUAUUCGACGAGCCGAGCGCCUCCUUGGACCCUACAGCUGAAAACGAACUCUUCGAGAAUCUGCGAAAGUUGAAGGGUACCAAGACCGUGAUAUUCUCCACUCACCGGUUCGGGAACCUCACCCGACAUGCGGAUCUCAUUCUGUACAUGGACCAAUCCGUCCAGGAACAGGGCACACACGAUGAACUGAUGAGGAAAGAGGGAGAGUAUGCUCAUAUCUGGAAUCUACAAGCGAAACCAUUCCUUUAA